AUGGAAAAGGCAGCUGCCCCUGCGGCUUGGAACCCUCAAUUCGGAGGAUGCAGGGUCGAUCUAGGUAUGAAGAACAACCAUGUAGUAAGAAAGUUGGAGAAGCGUCAACAGAUUUGCACCCUUGACCAACAUAUUGAAGAGCAAUUUGGUGGUGGUUGUUUGUUGGCUUGUAUUAUAGCAUGGGUUUGUCCGAGUGCUUAA